GAGGCACAGAGUGUGUGAUCAGGAGCAGAACUGGCAAUGGCCAGUCCUCCAGUCAGUGGAGACAAACCGCUGACAACCGACCAGAUCAGAGAAAGGGCCAAUGACUGGAACUUGGCCUCAGAUGUGGGCCUUCUGGCCACCUUGCAAUCAUUCUCAGAGCGGCUGUGCUCGCGGGCGGAGGAGGUGAAGGCCGAGCUGGCCGGCCUGCUGGCCGACUCGGCCGACGCCCAGUGCAGAGUGCAGACGGCCGCCACGCAGCUGAUGCUGGUCUCCAACAGCCGCUUUGUCGAGUCGCGGGUUUACGAGGACGACAGUGCCGAGACGGUGGCGGCGGCGGCGGCGCCGGAGAAACAGACCGUCUCGAAGGAGGACGCGCAGAAGGAGACCCACAGUCGCCUGUGUGAGGCGCUGGCCCUAGGCGGGGAGCUGGUGGACCGGGCCUACGAGCGUCUGGAGGUCUCGGACUCUGACAGUGACGGAGACUCGAGCGACAGCCUGCCGCUGGCGGUAGAGCCGGUGGACCCGUACCUGCACCGGCCGCUGCCCUACAUCAUCGGCAGCCGUCAGUUCGCCGACGACGACUCUGUGGGUCUGCAGCUGGGCGGGGGCCCGCCGCCGGCCGACACCGAGGACGACCUCACAGACCAGGAGACCACUGGCGAGCUGCUGGACGGCACUGGCGACACUGGAGACGUGUUCGUCCCCGCCGCCCCCGCCCCCGCCGCCGCCGCCCCCGCCCGGGCGGCCGCCCAUCCGCCGGCCGAUGACGCCUGGAGCGACUCGAGCGGCGAUAUGUUCGACCCGGGGACGCAGGUGGCGCCAGGUGUUGCCAGUCAGAAGACGAAGUCUAUGGAACGGGAGGAGCCGCCGCGGAGACAGACACGCGCCCGAGCGCCCUUGGAAGGAGACCUGUUCGCGCCAGAGUCGGACUCUGGCUCGGAGGCCGGUGACGGGGAGCUGUUUGGUGCCGGCCGGCCGGCGGCGGCGGCCGGCCUGUGGGCUGGAGCGGCCGCCCCGGCAGCGGCGGGAGAAGACAGCAGACGUCAGGGGGUGGAGCGGCCCGACCAGCCCCCGCCCGACGACCUCGGCUCUGACGGCUCCAGCCCCGGCGGAGAGGAUCCCGCUCCGGCUCCCGCUCCGGCUCCCGCUGCUGCUGCCGCGCAGCCGCCCACUCCAACACGACGGCUACCGGCCGGUGCCGUGGCGAUGUUCGGCGGUCUGGACCCGUUCUCCGCCCCCCGUCGGAGGGAGGGUGACAGCAGCUCCUCUGACGAGGACGACCGGCCGGCCGCCGCCGGCCGACAGAAGCGACGGGGACCUAGGUAG